AUGGUCGAAAAGAAAGAUAUUGCGGCCACGCCGCCAACGCCCGUGUCGUUUUUUGAUCCAGCUGUCAAACAUGUUCGGCGGCAGGUCUAUCUCCAAUGGAGUCGCAUCGUGGGCUUUCUCGCUCUAUUCGUGCUUGUGGUAUUGUCAUUGUACUGGGGUGUGCAGAAUGACACCGAACGCAAACUCGCCAACCUGAAGGUCUGGGUGGUGGACUUUGACGGUCAAACAGAUGGCUCUCAAACAAGCAACCCGAUCGUCGGACCUGCGGUGAUCAACGCUGUACCGCAAUUUGCCAACUCGCAGGAACCGCACUUGGGAUAUGAGGUCAAAAAUGCCAGCGAAUUUAAUAACGACUUCUUGGCUGUUCGACAAGCCGUGUACGACGAAAAGGCGUUUGCCGCGAUAAUCGUUAACACCAAUGCGACUGAACUCUUGCGCCGUGCCGUCAGCCAGCAAAAUACGAGCUACGAUCCCAAUGGCGCUAUUCAGACUGUGGUUGUCACGGCUCGUGAUCAGUCAACCUACGGCUCUUAUGUAUUGCCGGGCUUGACCAAUUUCCAGCACGCCGUGCUCGCGUCCUUUGGUCCUCAGUGGGUUCAGAACCUGAUCAACAACAACACCAACAUGAGUUCUGUCCCACCACAGGCCAUCAAUCCGGCCAUCGGCUUCACUGAAAUCGACCUACGUCCAUUCAAGCCGGCCGUGGCCGGCCCCGCCGUGGCAAUCGGGCUCAUUUACCUCAUCAUCGUUGCCUUUUUCAAUUUUCCCUUCUUGAUGCCAAUCCAUGCGCAGCUGAUCAAACCGUCGCCAUCGAAUCCACCCGUGAAAAUGGGCCAAUGGCUCAUUUGGCGCAUCUGCUCCAAUAUCCUGGCUUAUUUCUUCAUGAGUUUCUUUUACAGUCUAGUUAGCUUGGCUUACGGCAUCCCAUUCACAAAUUCGCCCGCUCCAGCCACGGUUCCAGUGGCAAAUGCCAACGCCUAUGGUCAUGGCUCAUUUGUGGUAUAUUGGAUGCUCAACUGGGUGGGCAUGGCAGCUUUGGGAUUCCCCUGUGAGAAUAUGGCCAUGGUCUUGGGUGCACCAUGGAGUGCGCUGUUCUUGAUUUUCUGGGUCAUUACGAAUGUGGCCACUGGAUUUUACCCGCUAGAGGUGGCGAAUGCGUUCUAUCGAUGGGGAUACGCCUGGCCUUUACACAGAAUUGUUGAGGCCAGUCGCACCAUCAUGUUCGGAACCCACUCCCGGAUUGGACUCGAUUUUGGCAUUUUGCUCGCGUGGAUCGGUGUUUCCAUUGCAUUCUUCCCUUUCGCCAGCUUCAUCAUGCGAUGGAAGAUGAGGCGUGGAUGGGCGUAA